AUAUGGAAGACCCACUUAUAUACAAGAUGAAGAGGUGUGUUGAGGAGACGCCUUUUCCCAAACAUACACCUCCUCGAAGACAUCUUUUCCAUAUAAUUGAUCACAUGUUUUAUUUGUAAAAAAAUCGCGCCCUGAAAUUAGCCACCGGUGAGUAGUGCUGACUUGGCGGAGUCAAGACGCACGAGGCAGUGCGCGACGGACGGAGACACUCCUCUGCAGAAACCGAACGGGAGUGGUGUGGAUAAAGAGAUAGAAGCAGCAGCUGCAGCGGCAGAGCCAUCUCCUCCCCCUUCUCCGUCCGCCCCCAGCGCAGUAGAGCCGCCACAAUGCCGGUCUCCUCCGUGGCCUCGCCCCUCCUGCUCUCGCUCUCCGCCUCGUCCUCCUCCUUCCUCUCCUCCUCCUCCUCGGUCUCCUUCCUCCCCUCCCCCUCCUCCUCCUCCUCCUUCCCGCACGCCUCCGUCAGGGGGAGGCCGUCCGCCUCCAUCCUCCGCGCGCUGCGGGCCGAGGCCACCACCCUCCCGGUCAUCAACUUCACUGGGGAGAAGGUCGGGGAGGUCGCCCUCGACAUCAAGGCCGCGCCGCCCUCCACCGCGCGCGCCGUCGUGCACCGCGCCCUCAUCACCGACCGCCAGAACGCGCGGCGGGGCACGGCCUCCACCCUCACCCGCGGGGAGGUCAGGGGCGGCGGGAGGAAGCCCUACGGCCAGAAGAAGACCGGGAAGGCGCGGCGCGGGUCGGUCCGCACGCCGCUACGCCCCGGCGGUGGUGUCAUCUUCGGCCCCAAGCCCCGGGACUGGACCAUCAAGAUCAACCGCAAGGAGAAGCGCCUCGCCAUCUCCACCGCGCUCGCCAGCGCCGCCGUCGCCAACGACUCCUUCGUCGUACAAGAGUUCGACGAGGAGUUCGCGACGGGGCCCCGGACCAGGGACUUCGUCGCCGCGCUGCAGCGGUGGGGGCUCGACCCCAGGGAGAAGGCCAUGUUCUUCUCCACGGAGCUUGAUGAUAAUGUGCGGCUGAGCGGCAGGAACAUCGGCACCCUCAAGAUGCUAACUCCCAGGACGCUCAACCUGUACGACAUCCUCGACGCACGCAAGCAUUUCUUCACCCCGGCUGCCAUUGAAUACCUCAAUUCGAGGUACGGUACCACCGGUUUUGAUGAAUUUGUGGGCGAAGAUGGCGAGGACGACGGUGAAGAGGAAGAGGAGGAGGAAGCGAUCACGGAGGAGGCUGCCCAAGAUGAGACUGGAGAGGCUGAGGCAGACAGCACUUCCUAGGUAAUUAUUAUGGUGUUUCUUGUUUGUUGGUUUGGGAAUCACCUCUCCAAUGAAGAAGCCUUUUUGGUUUGCUUUUAUUGUAAUUUAAUUAUGUAUGUUACACACUGAUGUGAUAUUAGAUUUUCAGUUCUCACAUAUAUUUCAGAUAAACUAAAGUUUUUCAAUCACAACACAUUUAUUUGCAA